AUCAAAAAGAAUACAAAAUAUUAUUGAAUUAUUUCGUAUACCACAAAUAAUGAUAACACGAAGUCACAAUUUUGAAAAAAAAAAUAAAAAUACACCGAUGAGACGAAUGCAAAAGCCAAACAAGGUUAAAUUACAAAGUACAAAACAAAUUAAAUCUGGUCCGUCCACAUGACACACAUUAUAUAUAAAUAUCGAAAUACGCACAGAUCUACGCUCAGUAUGCCUACACGUGUACCGCACCGCGCCCACGUGGCACUAGAUCAGAGCUGUCGCGAGGAGAACUCCGGCUAGGGCGGCGGCGCCGCUCAUGGCCAUCCUGGAAGCACCGUUCGGCGGCGGGGUGCCGUCCGCUGCGGGCUGCUCCGCCGGGGAGUUUCCGGCAGGGACAGCAGCCGGCGCCGGGCUCGACGGUAUGGUUGGAGAGGGAGACGAGGGUGCAGGCGCUGAUGAUGCAGGGGAUGGGGUCGGUGCGGUGGUCGGUGCCGGAGACGGCGGAAUAGGGGGCGGCGCCGCCGUGGUGGGUGCCGGCGCAGGAACGGCGGUGGGAGAAAUUUUGGGUGAGGGAACAGGGGCUUGUGCUAGGCACGAGGCGGCGAAGAGAGCAAAGAGAAGAAAUGGUUUGAAACUCAUAUUGAAAAGCUCUUUCUUUUUGGGAGAAAAGGGAGAUGGGGAAGAGAAUAUGAAAGAUAACUGUGUGAGGAAAUAUAUAAAGAAAAUGAGAUAAAGACUUCUUUGCUUUUAAGCAAUAAAAACUACGGAGUAUAAUAAUAAAAUAAAAGGCUAUCCAGAAAAGAAAGACAAAAAAACAAUAAGAUAAGGAACAACAGCUCGAAAAGUCGUUUGAUUUUCAAUUUUUUUAAAAGAAAAAUUGAAACUAAGAAAAACUUGUUACCAGU